UCUCUCUCUCUCUCUCUCUCUUAUCAAUCAUCCAUUAUCCGCCUUCUCCCAUUAUCCCAUCCUCGUUCACCUUUCACCUAUCACCUUCUUCGUAACUUUCGCUCUCUGGAAACUGCCGUGCGCCGAAUACAUAUUUCUUACUCCACGCUAGUUCUUCGUCCAGUGUUGACUCCCUGUCUCUCGGAGAGUCUCUCUCCCGAUUCCGUGAAAUCUUCAGUUUUAUCGUAUUCUCUCUCGUUCCUUGUCCCUUUUCCCCUCGCCUCCUGCCCCUCCUGCCCCUCCUCCUCCUCCUCCUCCUCCACCUCCUCUCCUCCUCCUCCUUCCUCAGUUUCCCUCAGUUUCCGUCACCGCGAGUCUCCUGCUCGCAAAGUGGUCCCCGUCGUCGAGGAGCGCGAGCACACGCUUCGCGACGCUUGCUACUGCUCGGAGUGUCGACACCACGAGGACGUGGGGAUCAGUCGAGGAAGACGAGCACACGGAGACGUCGACUAGGAGGAAGACUGGGAGGAGAGAGAGCUGGGAGCACGAGUAGACCGGGAGUACGUGAACGGGAGUUUCUACAGGGAUCCGGUACACGAGGAGUGUUACUACGAGUUACGGAUUACUAUGCGGAAGUUCGGUUUCACGUCGGUUCGGUGUUGUUCGGUUUACGCGAGUAAAGUUUUACGCCGCGGAGAACAUCAACAACAACGACGUCAACAGCACGUUAGUUCUUGUGCUUGCGAAACGUAAUUGGGAUGUGACACGAGAUGUCUCUCGGCUUAUUCGCUUUGGAGAAGCCACGCAGAGUAUAAACAGAUCGUACAAAUCAACCGCCUUCUAACAAGCCACAUUAACCUCAAGUGAUUUAUAUUUUCUUACGAAGCGCGAAAGAAGUAAUUAGUGUGUUUAUAUGUCGUAAUAUCCCAAGAGCUUAGGUUCAGGAGAAACAAAGGAAUCAGAGCUAUAGUAUCUAUCUAGUGUACAAAGUAUAUCUCGAGGAAGAGCAGCAAGUGUGGAAGAAUUGACGAAGAAGAGGAGGAAGAAGACAGAAGAAGACAGAAGAAGACGUAAAAAGUAAGAAAACAAAAAGUAAACAAAAGUCCGCCAGUGCCAAAUCGAAAGGGAAGAAAAUAAUAAGGAGAAGAAGGAGAGGAAGAAGAUAGGAAAGAUUAGAGUAACGAGUGAAUUAUUAUAAUACAGAAGUCAGAGCCAGAAAGAUACGCCGAAGGAGAAGGAGGAUCAAGGGGAUAUAAGAAAACACAAGAAUUAAAAGAAAAACCGUAAACCAAAGAAUCUACCAUUUUCUACUAAUCAUUGAAAAUAACGAUACUCUUAACUGGAUACGACGCGUGGGAGAAGGGAGAGUCACGAGUGUCACGAAAGUGAAAAUACGAAAACGACCAAGAGAGAAUAACGAGAAGCGGAGAAGAAAGAAGAAGAGAUAUAAGCGCGAGCGAACAGGAAGACGAACAGGAAGUCCUUCGUACUCAGAUUAUAAAAGGAAGGAGCGAGGUGGAAGAGAGAGAGAGAGAGAGAGAGAGGGAGAAGAAAAGAAACAAAGAAAGAAGCAUAGGAAUUUAUAUUUAAACUAUAAGUAUCUACAUUUUUUAACGAGCACCGACAAAUUUUUAUGAAGUUUUAAGAAAAAAAAAAAGAAAACGUGGAUACGUGGAACCGGAAGACACAAUACUCCAGAGCAACCGAUCUACUUCAGUUCGUAGCCUAAACCUGUCGAGUACAAAAGAGCGCGAAUACGCAGAGAAGGUUAGCAAGAAAAAAGAAAAUAAAUAAAUCACGAGACACGAUAUAGUUUGACUCGCAAUCAGAUAAGCUCGAGAAUCAGGAUAGACAGAGAGGAGAGAAAGAAAGAUAGAGGGAAAGGCUUUCUAGGCGAGGAGAAAACUCGAGCCGACCAAUAAGUACCAAUAUCCUCGAGGGCGACUCACUUGCUUUCGCGAGUGGCGGCUGUGAGCCAGAGAGACACCAAGAGACCUGCGUAAGGAGGAUCCGGAGGACUCGGAGGACUCGCAAGGACUCGGAGGACUCGGAGGAAGACGGAAGAAGCAAGUCGUAGGUGUAAAGUGAGGGCAGUGCGAGGCUCGAAGGAAGUGAAGAAGAAGAAAUAGAAAAUUGAAGCAAGCAGCAGGUGCCUCCGGAAGGGAGGGAGGGAUGGACCUUAGGAUGUUUCGGCGAAGAUGAGCGCCGAGGUCACCAAGGAGGUCGCCUCCGAGAGGGUGAGCCCUCCGGCAGUCGCGACCUCGCCGAAUUCCGGUCCAGGAGAUCCCAAUCGACACUUGCCUCCGUUCAGCAGCUUCGCCGACGGUACGAUGGACGGUUCGGCGACCCUGACGACCCUGCACCCCCAGGACGUGGGUCUAGGGCUGACCUCAUCCUGGGACUACUACGAAGGCCUCACCGGCCGGCUGAUAGACUCCCGGGGCGAGGUCGUCCUCGCGAGUCAGUAUCGGCCCUGGGAGUCGAAAAACGCAGGCGGAGGUGGCGCGGAAGGUCUGCCCAGCUUCGCGAGCCAAUUCACAGCGCCGAGCGAAGCGGAGCCCCAGCUCACCGCCUUGACGCCUCUGUCGCCGGCGUCGAUUUCACACUCACCUCCGGUCACUUCCGUUGGCCUCCCGAGCUUCCAUACUCUCGGGGCGCCACUUCCGGCUCCUCAUCCACAUCGGGCCCCGGUCGGAUAUCCGCUAGUGCCGGCACCUGUCCAGGCGCGUGAAGUCCCGGCUCUUCAGCAGCAACUCCUGGACGAACGACAUAUCCAGCUACUGGGAUCCAGCCCGGUCCAGGCGUUUCCGCCCCCACCGGGACAUCCUCAUCACACGGUCCUCACCGUGGUCAAACCCGAGUACCCGCAACUCCAUCAUACCAACUUCCAGAACCCGAUGUCCACGGUCCUCGACUCGCCGACGUCGCGGGUUGGCAUCGACGGCCGCAAGAAGGAGCGCAGAAAAAUACGGGCCGGCUCGAUGGAGUCCGAGGACGGUGCCAACGUCGAGAGUUCCGGUCAGGUGGCGGCUGUCUCCUCCACUGCCAACCGGGGGCCUCAUCAUCUUGGCGGUGGCAUGGGCGACGGCGACAGCGAGGGCGGUCUCGGGGACAAACCCGCCAAGAAGAAGCGCAAGAGGUGCGGCGAGUGCAUCGGCUGUCAGCGGAAGGACAAUUGCGGCGACUGUGCCCCGUGCAGGAACGACAAGAGUCAUCAGAUCUGCAAGAUGAGGAGGUGCGAGAAGCUCACCGAGAAGAAGCACUUGUACCACCUGCAAACGGGCGAGGGAGCUUUUCGAGAGAGAGGCCGCGGUAGAGGCAAGGGUGCGACCAGGAGUUAUCGGAAGAUCGCGAGACAAGUGAGCACUCCCGACAGUGCGCCAGCGGGUCUGGGUAGUCCGCAGGCAGGAAUAGGACUCCAGCAACAUCAGCAGCAACAGCAGCAACAGCAACAGCAACAGGCACUGCACUCCGAUCCCAUGCAGCAGGCUAAGGACAAUCUGAAUCCCGCUGCGAGCCAGCAACCGGGGACUCUGAGAAACGGAAAUCCUCCACCGCCGGUAGUAUCCAUGUCGCCAGGAGUGAUGCCAUUCUACGGGGACACCGGUGCCGGGUUCCGGCCCGCGGCUGGAUUUGGUAACACCGUGUGGCAUCAGGGUGUCGGUCCGGUUGGUGCUGUGACAGUGGAGACCACUCCAGCAACCUGGCCACCCCAACAAUUCAUCCAGCAGAUACCUGCGCCAAAUCAGCUUGAGGAACUGAGGUAUCACACGCAGUACAGCGCGGCGACACCUUAUCACCCGCAACCUGUUGCCUAUCAGCAGCAGGCCUUUAUCACGGCGGAUCAGUCCGCUUUUCAGCGUGCCGGGGCGACGGGACAAUACGCAAUUACGGGUCAGCCCUCACCCCUGGCACCGGUUGCGCCACAAACAGCCGCCUCCACACCUCAAAGGCCACUUAAUGGUCAGUUCAUGGAUCCCACGGCCACACCGGGUCAGGCUGUUGGUUACGAGAGGCAGGAGUAUGUUAAUGGAUAUCAACAGCAGGAUGUGACAAUGGCGCCUCCGCCUUCGACUACGCCGACGAGUCGUAGCAGUUCAGUUCAUAUGGAUACACAGCAACAAGCACAACAGCCACCGCAACAGGCACAGCAAGCUGCCGCUACGGACACUCAGGUGAAGGGAUUCGCUACAAUUGCCGCGGCCAAUGUGUCGGGAAACGAGAUGCCUGGGUAUCCACUUCAACCGGGCCCACAGAGUUUACACAACUCUAACGGAUAUCCAGGCUAUGUGGAAAUGGGUCAACAGCAAUCGCAGAACCAGUGGCAGUCGUCCGUUACGCAGCAGCAGCAGCAGCAGCAACAACAGCAGCAACAACAGCAGCAACAACAGCAGCAGCAACAACAGCAGCAACAGCUGCAGAGACAGCAGCAGCAGCAACAAGCGGCGAACGAAUCAAACCAGCGACACAUGUGGUCCGAUACAGGCUCGAAGAUUGGUAGCGUUAAUGGAAUUAACUGGAACGACGCCAGUCUGCAGCAACAGCAACAAAUGCAGGCUCAACAACAGAAUCAGCAACAACUGCAGAAUCAGCAGCAGAGCCUGCAGAAUAGUAUAAAGCAGCAAAACGAACAGAAUUUACAAAAUCAGCAUCAGCAACAAAUGCAGAAUCAACAAGAGCUACCUCGACCAGCCAGUCAUAUGAGCUGGGAAAACAGUAGUAUAAAAGAGCCACAGACUCCUCAGUCCUGGUCAGACAAUACAGAGAAUCAACAGCAGCAGCAAAAGUCACAGCAACAGCAACAAGCUCAGAACAGCUGGCCGCAACAAAGUCCGAAGCCUCGCGAGAGUCAAAACUCGAGACUGACACCGUCCGCUCAGCAACAGUCCCAACAGGGCUGGCCUCAGCACUCGCCGAAACUCUCCGAGCAUCAGAACUCUCAACAAAACUCAAGAAUGACACCGUCCGGACAACACGGUUGGCAACAGAGCAGCCCCGAGAUGUCGGGGCAGCAAAAUUCCCAACAAAAUCCUAGACUGACUCCGUCCGGUCAACAGAUGCAGCAGCAGCAGCAGCAGCAGCAACAGCAGCAACAGCAACAACAACAGCAGCAGCAACAGCAGCGACAGCAGCAGCAGCAGCAGCAGCAGCAGCAGCAGCAGCAGCAGCAGCAGCAGCAGCAACAACAACAGCAAUGGUCACAACAGACUAAAAUCGAACAAAGUCCCAGACUAACUCCCUCUAAUCAAAUGUCAUGGCCGGACACGCCGACUAGUCAACCAAAUUGGUCACCCAGUAGUCUGAAGAGCGAUAGCAGCCAGCAACAACCUCAGCAAUGGCCCGACUCUCAACCGAGUCCUCGAAGAACGCCAGGACAUCAGCCCGGGGCCUGGCAGAAUCCCAACAAUCAGGAUACGAAAAUGGAAAGUCAAAUAAACUGGUCACCAAAUUCGGGACCAGAAAGCCAGCCCAGUUGGGGCCAACAGGCGACAAAACAAGAGAUGCAGAAUUCCGGUGAAAGAAUUAUGUGGCAACAGCAAACAGCCGAAGCUAGUAAACAGAACGGAUAUCCUGAGAGCCAGGAUGGCCAAGAGAACAACAUGUUCUCGCAAUCGAAUAGAGUCAAUUUAAAUAGCCGACUCAAGACGAUGAUACUGAACAAGCAGCAGCAGCAGCAGCAGCAGCAACAACAGCAAAUGCAACAUCAACAGAUGCAACAGCAUCAAAUGGCUCAUCAGGAUCAGCAACAGCAUCACGUACAUCAUCAGAUAUCGCAACAGCAACAUCGCAACGGUGGAAACGCGCCGAAUGGCGAUUUUCCAACGGACGACAGGAUACGAGAAUCUCAUGAAAGUGUAGAGAAGCUACAGGACAAGAGACCGGAGCAAUAUCUAAAUCAGUCUGCCAUGAUGUCAAUGGCGCAAACGAACGAAUCCAUGACCGGUAAUUUUUUAUUGCAUAGCCACCACCCUCGGGCCAAUAGUUUGCCCGGCGGUGGUGGCUUAUGGGAAUGGACGGGAGGAGGAAACAAUCUGAACAACGGUAGCAUGCUACCGGAAACCGGUAUAAGCGCCAUCGAGAAUUUCAUGAAGUUCGCCGCGGACGAUAAGACGAUACUCGAGAGAACGUGUGACAAAGAAGAAGAGCAACAACAUCAGCAACAGAUGCAGCAACAAGAGCAAUCCUGGAAUGAGGAUAAACUCGAGAGCCAGGAGGAACCCAAUAUCGACGACAAGUCUUUUCAGCAAAGACUUUGCAUAGGUCAGGAGGUCGAACGUUCCAUCGAGGACAAGAAUAAGGCCCUAAUCGACUCCCAACAAGACGCGCCGCAACAUUCAGAAAAGACACUAGAAUCUGAGAAGCCUCUUACGGAAGAAGGCACAAGAGAAUUCGCAAAAGAUUUCGAAAGUGGCGCAGUUUCCAGUGAACAAACGUAUUCCGAAACCACUUCCGCCGCUACGGACGUGGAAUCAUCGAGGUUUUCGAGUAGUAGAGAAACGGAAGAAGAAGUGAAGUACGACUCUAGCCAAGUGAUAAAGCAGGAGAGUGGGGAAUACUCGUGCGCCUCGGUACCGGAAGUCACGGAAUCCAACGCAGUCCAACCGGAGGACGCACAGAUUGGACAGAACACGAUAAAGACUGAUCCGGAGGAGGAAAUUGAUCAGGAAUCGAGCUACAAGUUCAGGGGCGACGGGGGACCCGCAAAGGUAUCCGCGGGGGUCGGUUCUUGGUGCUGUCGUCGAGGUGGCACCGAGCAACCAACCCCAGAGCACCUGCGAGAGGGUUGCUGCCAAGGUUUGCAAACAAGGGACGAGAUACUCGCCGAGACCCCCCAGAAACCUAACGUGGACGUCAAGAACGAAGGUCCAAACAGUCCCAGUAACUCAGCAUCCACGACUGCGCCUCCCAGCAAGUUGCAAGAACACUUGGAGAAACUGAAGAAUAAUGUGAGGAUCGAAGUGCCCGACUGCAACUGCUUUCCUGCCGACAAAUGUCCACCCGAGCCUGGCUCGUACUACACUCACCUUGGGGCGGCACCUAGCCUACCCGAUCUCAGAAACGACCUUGAGAGACGAACCGGCCUCAAGGGAAAUGCGAUUCGAUUCGAGAAAGUGAUCUACACCGGCAAGGAGGGCAAAACUACGCAGGGAUGUCCAAUGGCCAAAUGGGUGAUACGUCGAUCCGGUGUCGAGGAGAAGAUCCUGACUGUGGUGAAGCAUCGUCAGGGGCACAAGUGCGCCACCGCCUGGAUCGUCGUCGCCAUGGUCGCCUGGGAAGGUGUGCCAACUCACGAAGCUGAUCGAAUCUACUCCCUGCUCAGCCACAAACUCAAUAGGUUCGGUUUACCGACCACUAGGAGAUGUGGGACCAACGAGCCCAGGACCUGUGCCUGUCAAGGGCUAGAUCCUGACUCCUGCGGAGCCAGCUUCUCCUUUGGGUGUUCCUGGUCCAUGUACUACAACGGAUGCAAGUACGCGAGGAGCAAGACAGUCAGGAAGUUUCGACUGUCUGUCAGAUCAGAGGAACAGGAAGUGGAAGAGAGGAUGCAUGUCCUCGCGACCCUACUGUCCCCUCUGUAUCUCAGCCUCGCACCGGAAGCUUUCAAUAAUCAAACGCAAUUCGAACGGGAAGCCAGCGAGUGUCGCUUGGGAUUCAAACCUGGAAGACCAUUCUCUGGCGUGACAGCCUGCAUCGAUUUCUGUGCACAUUCGCACAGAGAUCUGCAUAACAUGAAUAAUGGCUGCACUGUGGUGGUGAGUCUGACAAAACAUCGAACCAUGACUAAACCGGAAGAUGAACAACUGCACGUACUUCCGCUUUACGUGAUGGACGACACCGACGAGCUUGGAUCUAAAGAGGGACAGCAAGAAAAAGUGAAAUCCGGUGCCCUUGAGGUCCUCACAAAAUAUCCGUGCGAAGUCAGAGUUCGUUCUGUGCCGCUUCAACCCUGUAGAAGACAUGGCAAGAAGAGGAAGGAAGACGAGCCGGAUACAGCGAGCAACAAAAAAGAGACGGGCAAGAAUUCUGAGAAAUCGAUAGAACGUUCAAGGACACCAGGUCAUCAGGAUCCUUCAAGGACUCCAGCACGAGAAUCACAACUGUCUCUAGAAAUGGCUUCCAUGUUCGAAGGAAUGGACGCACAGCUGCAAAGCUCCCAAGUCUCAUCCACGGUGCUGGAUAGUCCUGUAUCCAUGUACCAGGGCUGGGGUUAUCAGGGUGAACAACAAUGGGGUAGGAGUGGCUGGCUAACCGAUCAGAGAAAGAACAACUGGCUCAAUCCUUGGAACGAGUAUCCUUUCGGCGGAUUGGAAAGAGACAUCAAGGUGGAUCCCGACAGCACAAGUCUGGAUGAUACCAGGCCAAGAAGUACCAUGUCCCAAGAAGACCAUCAUAGACCAGGAUCUCGUAAUUUACCAAAUUCGACAGUGGAAUCGCCCAGAGGAGGUUACGUGCAUUCGCCAAGGGGACAUCCGGUAUCGCCACGAAGUUCCUAUCCUAAUACCCACGCAGAAGGUUACUCGGUCUCUCCUAGAAGAUGCCCUUCGACUCCUCACGAUCAACGAAUCAUCUCGCCCAGAAGUUCCGGGUACCCUGCCCCUCCCGCUGAAACUGGCUACAAUCUACCUUCACCUUCUCCAAGAAACUAUCAAAACGUCAUGGACAACAGACAAUCUAACGUCUCCCCGAGGGUCGGCUAUCUUCAUCCGUCUCCUCAUAUCGAUCCCAUGCAGAGGAACGUGUCUCCAAGAGUUGGCCAACAGACGUCACAGACUUCCGGUGACAUUUCCUUCAGGAAUCAGUCACCCGCGAUGGCGCAGUACCGUGCUCUUGCACAAAACAGUAUGGACGGGCAGAAGUUAUCAUCUUCCAGAAUGCAACAGGAACAAAUGCAACAGAGAUACAAUCAGAAUUGCAUGGAGUCUCAGAACGCGGCGCGACUGGCUUCGCCAAGGAGUCAGAUGGAGCAGGGAUUUCCGGCUAGAAUGCAAUACCAGUAUCCGGCUCAGCAAACGACUCACCCAUCGAGAACUCCAGGAUAUCCAAAUCAGAACGCGGAAUCGAAUCCUUCCGAUUUAUUUUCUAGUCUUUCUGGAAUACCGGCAUCCUGCAUGGAUGCCAGUGGACACAGGACGUAUGGUGCUACUAAUCCUGAAUUCAUGAUGCACGGUUCGUUACACUUAGCACUGGUGGAUCAGCACUUUAGUCAACAAAACGAUACUCAGGGACUGAUGGGAGCGUCCGAUCCGAAGAGGUGCGUCAAUCCUUGCGUCAAUCCUUGCGUCAAGCCGGGAUUGCAGCGGCAGGAUUUCAAAACGCCUGGAGCGAACAGUCACUACCCGCCAACGUCCGUCGAUCAGACAAGGUCCAAUUACGGAACUGGCUGGAACGCCUUGAACUGGAAUUCUGAACCAUCCAGAGCUACCGGCCAGCCCAAUCUGCACGACGGACAACAAAUCCAACCAGACGGGAUGCAUCAGCACAGCGAACAACAGAGACACCAGUCGUGGACAGAUCGAAUUCCUGUUCCAGAGCAAACGAAACAUUGCUGGGAGGCAGCACCCUCGGAACCUUCACCCUUCCGUGUGCCCAAAGGAAGGCCACCCUCGAGAACGGCGCCUAAUCCAAAUCCCCCAGAAUCAAACACCUUUCAAAAUUCCUUUGCAAAAACCUUCUUGAAGCCGCAAGAACCAGUCAGGAACACCAGCAACUUCAACGACAAUCUAUCAUCCAGCAAUACAAAGAGUGCUUGCGUCGGGAAUCAGGCUCAGCAGAAGAGAAGCGACUGGCCCGAAGAGAAGUUACGGGAGGGCUUCCAGGAUAUCAGGCAGGAAGUACCCAAUUCUAAUCCGAGCUGUCUCGCGUGGGCCGAGGAGAUGAAGCAGGUGCAGGAUUUCCACGCAAUGUCCGGCCUGGGACAUCGCACCUUCCCGCAGUACGGCUAUCCAACCUAUCCAGUCUUCGAUAAGCCUUAUCCAAAUACAUGGGACGGCUACAAUUACCACCAACCGUACCAUCAGGCAGCAGAUUAUCCUCAUCAAUUCUAUCAGCAGCCAAAGAGGGAGUCCUGCUUCCACUCCCCGCAAUAUCCCUACCAAGGAGUGACAAGUUAUCAGGGCCUGAACCCAGGAUGGGCCCGCUGGGAGACUCCUCGCUGGGACCUGUACGCACCGCCGUCUUACUUCCCGGUUCUGCCGGAGCCACCGCCGAAGGCUGAACCCCUCGGCGAGGUCACGGACUUCUCCGAUAACGAAGAGUGCUUCAAGGAUCCCCAAAUGGGUGGCGUGGCCAUCGCACUGGGGCACGGCAGCGUUCUCUUCGAGUGCGCGAAGCACGAAAUGCACGCAACGACUGCCCUGAAGAAGCCGAACCGACUGACUCCGACGAGAAUCAGUCUGGUUUUCUACCAGCAUCGAAAUCUGAACAGACCGCGACACGGCUGGGACGAAUGGGAGGAGAAGAUGAGGCUGCGCAAGCUGGGAGUGACGUCGACGACGACGUCACAGUCGACACCCACAACGCCAACGAGUCCUGGUGCAGCCGGAAGCGAGAAGCUUCUUCAGCUGCCGCAGCCCCCGAGUCUACCCAUUGUGCCGAAUUCACAGUUCAUGAUGAGGUCGCCCACCUACACGACCAUGACCUGGACGACUCUCUUCCCGAUGCAUCCUUGCAUGAUCACUGGACCGUAUCAGGAGGGAGGAGCCAUCGGAUGAGAAAUUCCCCAAGGAAGGUACAGUGCUCCAGUGACCAAGCGAUGACUGCGAAUCCCAGUCAGUCCUUCCCCGGAAUGAGAUCAAGGGGGCAGUAGAGAUCGAGGGCUAGCUGAUAGGGAUCCGAUCGAUUUGACUAAGAGAGUCCUUUAGACGAGGCGAGCAAAGUUCGAGAUUCAUCCUGAAUCCCCAGGAACCCCGAAAACUCCGAGACUCCCGAGAUGUUUCCUUUGGCCAUCAUGACGUCCUGAUAAGAUUGCGACACAAGCGACACAAGCGACACAAGCGGAGAGAGUUAAGAUUCAAGGCGAAAGGAGGAGACGAGAAAUUCUAAGAACGACAUACGAGCGCGAUGAGAUCCCGAGCGUUCCGCGUACACAGACCAAAAGACAAAAAUCACGAUGAUCUUUAGAUGUACCUAUACAUAGUAAUACUAACAAAGCAAAAAAUUGCACUGCCAUUUUUCUAUUCCAUGUUUUGCGCGAAAAAAUAAGAAAAGAAUGUGAGAGAGAGAGAGAGAGAGAGAGAGAGAGAGAGAGAGAGAGAGAGAGAGUGAGAGAGCUGAAUAAAGAAUGACGAUAUCUCGAGAUACGUGUAAAUCCCCACUUUUCGGGGCUUCCCUUUUUAUACGGAAUCUUUUGUUAGGCCACGGUAAGAUGUUACGCGCGCAGGAGACCGGCCGGCCUGCCCGACGCCGGGGGUUACGGAUUAUUAAUUUAAAUUGAAAAGGACGCAUCGUGAUGUCGUGCCAGUGUGUACUCGCCCGAUUCUGACAUUCUGACAGUGCGUAGAGCGAGACGCCUUCACGAUGUUUCAACAAUUGACAACCGACGACCAAAGGUCCAGCUGUAUGAAGCAGCUGGACCAGUCACACUUGGAGUGGAGCCAGGAGGAAAGUACGAACGAUCUGAGAUACGCGAGAAAGGGUUUAAAGGGCUCGGGAAGGGGAGAGAGAGAGAGAGAGAGAGAAGAGUACCGAGGCUAUUCUCGUGGUACGGAUGCUGUAGCAUCAGGCUACGUCUUACCGUGCAAAGACUUUGAUACAAUAGAUUUUAAAAGUACGCAAAGUACAUUUCAAGUAAUAACGUAAAGCGUAAAAGUUUCGUGUUGGUAGCACUGUAAUCUUAUUAGCUAGUCCAUGCCGACAGUCGACGCAUAAACAAAAGAUGAGGAGACACUUACGGACACAGGAUACCUUCAGUCGCAUCGGGAAGACAAGGCAUUCUCGCAUUGCCGUAACGUAACCUGUAAUAACACACAGGAUGAGACACACAUUUAAAAAUAGCUCGUAUUAUGGAUUUUCGCACGUAUGCACGUAGGGAUUCUAGUUACUGGACCCGAAAGACUCUGAAACACUUUUAUUCUCAGUACGUUUCAUAUUCUAGCUCGCGUCUUUACGUAUCACUGGUUUUCACGAUCGCUUCGUAUCAGCCCAGUUGCACAAUAAGUCGAUUACACGCCUACACCGUACACACGCGUAUCACACGUGCUACUUUCAGAAAGAUUCAAUCGCGGGUAGAAGGAGAAACAAAAAACAUAAGAAAAACCCAAAAAUGAUCUCAACUUUAUUAAUUACGGUUUUUAAAAAAAAUAUCCUUAUACUUUUUAGCCUUUGUACAUUGUGCUUCUUAUUCUUCGUAUUUAUUUGUAUGCACACACAUUUUUGCACUAACUGUCGUUGUAUCUAAAAUAUGCUUAACACACGAAAUACUAACCACUCGCUACGAGGCGACUGAGUACAAAGCAUUUUUCCUAACAAUCAUCACAGCAAGACGAAGGAGAGUGAAAGAGAGAGCGAGCGAGAGAGAGAAAGCGCGAAAUAGAGUGACUGAGCGCGAGAGUGAAAACGGCGAGAAGCAUUUUUCCCCCCUUGUGUCCCUUUCGAGUGUGGCUUUGUCGAUUUUUCAGUUUUAGAAAAAAAAAAGAAAAACAAAUUUCGCUCCACUUUCCCUCUGGCGAGUGUAAUCGCAUUAGCGAGUCUUGCAAUUUCCAAGAGUCGCACGCAAAGUGCAUAUGGGAAUUGCAAUGCCGGAAAUAUACUAUGUACAAUUGUACAUAUGUGCGUCGGGACGGAGCCACACUUGCGGGCGAGGAAUCGGGAAGAAGGAAAUGCCGGGGCUCCAAAUGAAUUCGUAUGUUUUCUAGCACCGAACAAAAUAAAAGUAAAAUUAAAGAAAAACACACGAGAGCCGAAUUCCCCGCGUAAGGAAUAUUAUAUUUAUAUGAAUUUUUGGAAAAUGUUUCUUUGGACUUUUCUUGUUCUUUCGUUGUACAUAUUAGGUGACUUUUCCUACUUUUAUAGGAGGUUCUAUAUAUAUAUAUUAUCUUCGUUUUUAUUCUCCGUCUCCUUUCGUUUAAUCGUGUAUCCCUCUAGUGCUAUAGUAGUAUCUGAUCAAUUUCAUCCUAGAAGGUAAAGAGGAUCGGUCAUGAUUACUCAAACAAUUAUUACGACGAUAAUGACGUUUAUGAUAAGGACAAUGCGUGUCUAGGAUCGGUUAGCUGAAAUUCAAACUAUUUAUUUAUUCUAUCGUCAAUGUUCUCGCGGUCCUAUAGGGAAAUUUAGUAUCAUUUUUUUAUGAUGAUUUUUUCUUCAUCGAUCUUUACAUUUAGCAUAUUAUGAUCAUUAGAGAUUUUUUUAGUGACGAUCGAUUAUACAAUUGUUUAUCGUCACAUUGGAAAAAGCGCGGGGUCGAGGUUUACGGGAAAGAAAAUUAACAAGGGAUCAUGAAGUUCCGUAGGAUUUUACGAGACGCGAGGGGCGCCCUCUGGAAAAUCCGAAAAUGUCACAACCACUUUCCUGCUAUUCAAUUUCAUUCGUUCGUUCGUUCAUUAAUUCAGUCAUCUAGCGAUCGAUUAGUCCAUCACCUCAUUCGUACCAUUUUCCUAUUUUCCCACCCCGGAGUAUUAUAAGAAUCAUUAAUAUAUUAUCAUUCAUUAUUAUGGCAUAUAAUAAUUAGUAAUAUAAAAUAAUUUAACGGAUUAUUUAUGAAUUAAGUUUGACAAAGUGUUAUUGUAUUACUACUACUAUACUACUACUACUACUACUACUACUACUACUACUACUACUACUACUACUACUAUGCUACUAUGCUACUAUGCUACUACUACUAUUCUAUUACGAUUAGCGGACUACUACAUAGCACACACAGAAACACAGACACAAGUACACAAACACAGAGUGGCCAUCGCAUUCUAUAAUUCGAACCUUUGAGCUACUUGAAGAUUUUCGAAAAAUUUGGAAUUUUCGAUGUCUUUCAUUUUACACUGUCGAACGCGUAAAAACAGAUAGAAAGAUAUUUCCGAUAAUAAUACUCGAGACUUUUUAAUUCGUCUUAAUCUUCCAUUUCUGGAAAAAAAAUAAUUUUUUUUAAAAAUAAAAACUAGACAUCGCGGAGUAAUACAGACGAUAGUUUGGAUUAUCAUCCGGUUUUAGCGGAGAGCAUCGAAAACUCUCAAUUUCCAAUAUCCCGAUAUAUCCCAAUAAAAGUCCUAUCCAAAAAAAUACAAAUAGUACGUAUGAUAAAAAUAUACGAGGGAACUACGUAAAUGUGUAGGUAUAUGCUCACACGGAAACAAACAGUACAACUCUUCUCAUCCGCGAAUCCCCGAUUUUUCGAAGAUUCGACUUUUUUUUCCAAACUCCUUAUCUAUCGCGUUUCCCUUUAUAGAUUCCCAUGCGUAGCUCGUUUAGCCUUCCUUUAGGGCGAUAGCCUUUGUUCUUGUUUUGCAUUUCGAUUUGUUGACUUUCUUAUGUCUGUUUUUUUUUUUUUUUUUGUGGAAAUAUUUGAUUGGGAUCGUCGUAGACCGUUAGCACGGGGUCCGAAAUAUGUUUUUUGUCUCUUUUGGCACGUGCUAUUCGUUUAGCCCGGUUCUUAUUGUUUCCGAUAUUCAGCCAUCUUGUUCGGUACGUUAGCCGUGAUUUUGCGAAUGAAAAUUUGUCUUCGUCAAAAGAUCCGCUCGGCUCCGACAAUAUGUUCGUUUCUCGAAAUGAUAAUACGUAUCAGCCGCACAUACUUCCACACACGUGCUGCAGGACAAACCUCAGUGAGGGGUUUUUACGAUUUUUUAUAAACAGAGAAAUGCGAAAAGCAUAAAGGAAACUCGAGAGAAAUCAACGCGACGAUGCCAAAAUAGUGUUAAAGCUAAUAAUUAGAAAGUAAAUAUACUUGUAAUAACUAUAACGAAACUAUCAAAGCUAAAGUAUGUAAGGAUGAGAAUCAUUUUUAAAAGUAAUACUAUUAUUAAAGAGAUAAUGAGAGACCGAAAGAAAGAUGAAGAAAAAAAAAAACUAAAAAGUUAUGAUUGAAUAAAAAGCGAACGAGUAAAGAAAAGUUGAAAAAUGUAUUUUUUCUUCCAAUGCCAAAAAGAUGCCAUUUUGUUUUGUACGAAAAAACCGAUAAAAAGCAAGAAAAAAAAUGGGAAAAAAAAGAUCACGUAGUUUGUAGCGAACGUAUGUAAGUGUAAAAUGAAAAAAAAAAAAUUUCGAUGUGUAUGUCUCGUGAAAUAAAAAAUUGUCCGCCUUAUGAAGAUGCAAAAUACAAUUUAGGGGAGGAAGUGAAACAAAAGGGAAAACAAAAGUCGAAUGGAAGUAAUUACAAACAAUAGAUAUUUGUAGUUUGCAGUAACAGAGUUUUCGAGGUAAACGAUAUAUUGCAGUGCCCAAGAUCUUAGCCGAGAUGCAGAAAUUGCGAGGAACCGAAUUCGAUGGACGCGAAAAAUUCGAAAAAGAAGGACCCCGGCUCCCUUGUUCACGCACAUUCGCAAGAAAAAGAAAACAUCAGUCGUCCUCGCUAUUUCUGCAACUUGGAGCAGAUGUCCCUCGACAGCCGCAUAGGGCAUACGCAUGUAACGAUGUAACGUUAGACAUAUAGCGACUACAUAUGUGUACAUAUAUUUUUGGACAAAUCGUGAACAAAAUAAAAAUUGAAGUAUCAGCGCAGUUACGAAAAGGACGUUACGCAACGUUCUGCGGCUUCGUGUCCGAGUGGCGUACCGAUCCGAUCUAAGAUAAAGAGGAAGAAAAAAGAGAGAGUGAGAGAGAGAGAGACAGAGAGAGAGAGAGUAGACAAGACAAUCCCAACGAGGGAGAAAAUACAAUAAUGUGUAAUAUCGAAAUAAAAAGAAAGAAUAAAGAUAAACGAUCGCAGAUCGGAUCGGUAUCGACUGAGUGGGUUACGUUUGAGAUAAAUAAUUUCUAUAAAUCAGCCAUUUUGCCCUCUAUAAAUUCGCCACGCGUUGAACUAGAUGUAUUUACGACUAUUUAUUUAUACGGAAUAAGCGAAUGGAAAAUCUAAUAUAUUGAGGAUGACGUAGAGGGACAUAAGCUAUAUAACGAGUAAGUUUUUAAUAUAUUUCUAAAAAUGUUUCUUUUCCCGCCGUUCGCAAAUCCGCUGACGGAUUGAGACGUCGCGCGAUAAAUAUGCGGAUGAAAUAAUGAAGCAAUUGAAAGAAAGACUCACUUCGAAGAUAAAGAUAUUUAAAUUAACUAAAUUAUUACGCCCUGACGUUGGUAAGCUGACAGUGAGCGAGAAGGGAAAAAAAGAUAAAAGAAGAAUAUUUCUAAUUUUUUGUCCUCCCAAAACUGUUCAAAGGGCAGAGGAGUAAAAAAAGACGUGGUUGAGCGAUGAACACGUUUAGGAUGCUUAGGGUAUGUUUAGUGAGUAAAGAACGUAAGUAAUAACUAAGUAAUUAUUAUUAAUUAUUAUCGACAUAAGUACAGUUAGACAAGAAUACCCAUAAGCCAGAUGUAAUUGUCCUUUGUGAAUAUACAUAAGAGAGAAAUGAAAAAUACAAGAAACUUUUAUGAAUAA